GGAAACGCUCUCGACUUCACCUAAUUUUCAGUACAGUAGGUUAUGGCUUCAGGAGCGUCCUGGCAGCAGCAGAGUCUCCUGCCAUCGGUGCCACCUGGCGUCGAUGUCUCGAUACUAGACAAAAUGGCAGAGUAUGUUGCUAGGAAUGGUCAGGAGUUUCUCGAGAUCACCAAAGAGCGCCAGAAGCACAAUCCAAGAUAUCGCUUUCUGUGGCCAGAAGAUGCAAAUUACCCAUAUUUUCAGUGGAAGGUCCAACAGUUUAAGAAACCUGGACUGUUGCCUUCGCACGGUGCGAGUCCGCAAAUACCUGUUUCUGUCGCACAGAUAGAUACGGGCGGUUUAACAAGCACAUCUACCGACCAUGGUGCAGCCUUUCAAGUAGCCCCACUUCCACCAGCCCAACUUGACCCAAUAUUAACCCAGCAGCUCUUCUCUGCAUUGGGGUUAACACCGGCUGUCGUACCUAUGUCAGCCCCUAUUUUGAAUCCACUUCAAACAGCCAUGGACAAAGUCUGCUCUGCCCGUGACGCCUUAGCAACCUCACUCUCAAAUAGAGACGAGGUGAUCAAGUAUUGUGGAUUACUAGAUGUCUUGAUGAAGGAUUGCUCCCAGACGAACAUCCAUGCAGGGAAAGCGUGGAUCUUUGAGCAUUGCACUACGGCUUCUCAUGUGAGUCUAUUAGCCCAACUCCUGGAGGCCAUAUCGGAGGUAAACACAGCAUUUGAGAGUCGGCUUCAUUUGGUUUACCUUGUGAACGAUGUCCUCUAUCACGGCCGAAAACGACAUCAAGAAUGGAUAGGAGAUAGCUUUCUGCCACAUCUUGGACCUAUGCUUAGUCACACUUAUAUGGCAGCUACUGGGAUCAAGAAAAAGGAAGAGAAAGUUCUGAAGGUUUUGACCAUCUGGUCUGAUAAAAGAUUCUUCGGUCAAACUGUCAUAGACGGUCUCCGGUCUCACUUGGGAAAGCCUGGGAGACCUCCUCACGCUAUGGCAAAUACGGAAAAUGCUGCACUCCCGGCUGUUCCACAAGAUCCAUCCAAUCUCCUGUCCCAAGAGGCACAGCCUCGAACGACCUUUCAAGGCGUAAUACAGACAGCACAACCAAUUCCAUCAGCGCCGCUUUUGAAUCUCCCACACGUCGCACCUAUCGGGUUGAAUGUGAACAGGGACGUAAGGCGGGAACCUAGUUGUACUGUAUCGCACAGCUCUUUCCUUUCUCAUGAAGCACCAAAAAUCGGAAACUCUGCACCGGCGUCUGCACCAGAAUCUCAUCCAUCUUUCCGGAAAUCGCUCACCGCGGGCGUAAACAUGUCGUUGCCAACGACCAUUCAGGCGCCUCCUACCAAUGCAAAGUACUAUGAGCUGCCUGCUGGGCUGGUGGUAGCUGCUAUAUCGCUUGAUCACAAGCCAUACGAACAAAUAGCAGUCAGCAAAAUACGAGCACUCUCACAGCGCCCUCCCCCAAAUCCUGAUCUCCUCGCCGCAGUAGACGAAUUUUAUUCUGGAUUGGAUAUCAUACGAAGGAAGCUCGAACAAGAACGGCAGAAGGAUGGAUUUGAGGAAGCACCAGGUGAAAUGGCUGCCGAUCAGCUGAACUCAUCUGAUACAGGCUUGCAGUUUGAUAAAGAUGGAUGGGAGAUUGGGUACUUGGAUGAUUGGUAUCGGAAGGUCGAAGAUGCAAGGCGCAGACAUGAAUCUCACGACGGACGGGCCGAUUCUUCAUUGACUCGAAAACGAGUACAAGAUAAUCGAAACAGGUCACGAAGCCCUUCUAGGCGGGGACGAAUCCGACAAGAGUCUUCCUCACGGGCAGAAAGAUCGACAAGUCGAAGCCAUGACCGACGCAGAAGUCACGACAGGAGACGACGAGCAAGCCGACGGGAACGAUCGAAGUCUACCAGUUCUAGCAGCAGCAGCAGCUCAAGAUCUCGAUCUCCUGAUUCUACCGACAGCGGAAGUAGCGAUGACAGAAGUCGCAGCCGGACGCGCAGUGGGAGCAGGAAACCAGGGAAAUACACCCACCGACCUCAGCAUCAUCGCGAUUACAGCGGAAGUCGUAGUCCACGUGGGAGGCAAAGCGGAACUCCAGUCCGAGGAAAAAGACCUCAAGAUAGUAGUCGUUGGGGUAGCAGCGGUGCCGGGAGUAGAAAGAGAAGUGAGAGUCCUCCAUUUUCACGGCCAGAGGCAUCACGAGAAGAUUACAUGAUAAGUAAACGAAAUGUUGGAUACAAACUUAUGAAAAAGCUUGGAUGGAGCGAAGGUUCCGGUCUAGGGGCUAGCGCACAAGGGAUCGCGGAGCCGAUCCGUGUAGAUGCGACCGGUGAUAAGUUUGUGGGUCUGGGAGCAGGUCGAUCUGGCGACGGCGAUGAAAUGUUCGAACAGUGGAGAAAGGCACGAUCAUAUUGCUACACAAGGGAACCUCCUGCGUCGCGAUCAGAGCCAAUCGGGUGCUACAAAUGCGGCAGGGGAGGACACAUAGCGCGAGAAUGUAACGAAAUCGCUCCACGAUACUAACUGGGUAAUGGCAAUAAAUAAAGUACAAAGCUCCUUGUUGUAUCAUAUUGUGUGUAUGCUAUGUCUGUCCCCUGAUGCCAAUUCGCAUGGAGAUACCAUGUUAAGGGGAACCAUAUCUCACAGUCACAUCAUGCCUCCAUGUGCGGUCAAUUUGGUGCC